AUGUCGGCAAAGUACGCUUUCACCAAGUCUCUCCGCGAGGUGCGAUUCCUCUUCUGCCAGACUUCGGAGCAGAGCGCGGCUCUUCGAUCAUUCAUUACCCGAUCGUACCCUACCAUGAAGCGCAACAACCCCAACACUCCCAUCCUGAUCCGAGAGGCCGCUGGCACCCAACCCAAGGUCUUUGCCCGAUAUGACCGAGGUGUCGAGAAGUCACAGAUCCUCGAGGGUCUCUCUGACAAGGAGAUUGAGGAGACCGUCACUGGCUUGGUCAAGGCUGAUCAAUAG